AUGAAACCCCAAGAUCUACUGAGUCUUGAUGGACUGCGUGUUGACGGACGGAAACCAGAUGAAGUAAGGAGCAUUUCUGCACAGCUUGGGGUGGUUCCGGGCGCCGACGGGAGUGUUCUCGUAGAACAAGGACAAACCCGGGUGCUUGUAGCUGUCUACGGCCCCUAUGAAACAAAAAAAGGAGCUUUGAGUAUACCAAGCACCCGAGCACUGAUCAAUGACGCACUUCGCACUGCGGUUUCCGAGUAUCAAGCGCCAGUCGUCCCGGAGACACACGCCGCUAGGCCAGCCCAAGCGGUUGCAGGUGCAGUUUUCGCCGAAUCGGACGACUCCAGCAUCGACUCCGAUAUGGAGACGGCUCUCAACAUUGACACGGUGGAGUCGGAUCACUCUGAUUCAGCUAUCAGUAACGCUCCAGGCAACGAAUCGCCCGCAACUGCUCUCAAGCUGCUACCACCAGCAACAGCACACGGCCGGGUGCACUGCGAGUACAGCACAGCGUCCUUCGCUGGGGCAGCGAGCUCGGUGCGAACCCUGCGUGCCUACAGGCGUCGACAACAGAACAGGUAUGCGGGCACAGCCAUCAUGCGAACCAGUACAAUGGAUAGUCACGAUGAAAAGAAUGGAGCUCUCCGAAUAGGUCGCACAGAGGCGGCUCCACACGAAGCGCAGACGGAGCGGUCUUUCCGGUUGCCAGGCAUUGUCGCGAGCAGCAAAUUCCGCCAAAAGUCCCGCGAAGCAGCAGAGCAUAUUCGCGAGGUGUUCGAACCCGCUAUACUGGUAGGAAGCGAUGCCAAUAGCGCAGGGUCCUCUCGGUACAUGCCAUCGCAUGCUCAGGUCGACAUAUUCGUCCAAGUACUCCAGAGCGAUGGCAGCGAAUUUGCCGUUGCCGUGAACGCUGUGAGCCUAGCGCUGCUACAUGCCGCUGUACCGCUUCGUGAUCUUAUUGUCGCGUGCAGCGCAGUUGCACUCCCGACCGAGGAGCUAGGCUCCGGAGCCCGACGCUUUGUCGCGGCGGCGGAUCCCUCCAACUGGGAGCUGCAGCAGGCCCGCAUUUGGCAGGCAGCCUUUGGAGCUGUCGUACCGGAGGUCACAGUCGCAGUGCUUGCUGGCGAGUCAUUCCAACCCGUUCCACAGCGGAUCGUUGAUUUUCGAGAUCCGCACGCUGGCUCCAGUUUGGAGCACGGUGUGCAGCUACUUUGGGUGGAUUAUCGAAAUAUGGCUCUGGAUGACGGCAGCACUAAGGGGCUUGAUUGUCGGGCGUACAGUGUGGAGCAGGUUAAACAGCUUUUGGAUCUGGCCUGCGGCACAGGUUGUGCUGAAACCUACCGAUGGAUACGCGAGGCCGCUCUUCACCAAACAUACGACCAGGUUUUGCGGUACGAGUGGAGUAGCGCUCGUUUACAACUGCCUGUCAGAGAAGCGCAGAAUCCGAGGUCGGAUUGUUGA